AUGGACCAAAGGGAACAGUUUAAGGGAAUAGCAGUCAUUGACAACAUUACAAGAAUAACGGCAGGUAGUCCAGAGCAGCAAGCAAAGAUGAAAACAGGCACGAGGGUAGGUUACAAAGUUGGUGCGGGGGUGAGGGACGCUGAUUCUGAAGGUCGGGAAGGCAGAGGCGCCCGGACUGCUAACGCGAUCUCGGGAGCGCCUGUGAGCGGUGCGCGGUGGUGCGCGGCGCUGACCCGCGUCCGGGCCGGCGCAGCAUCCGUGACGUCACGCCGGGUGGAGGGGCGCGUCUGCGUCGCGGCGGAGGCUGAGCGCGCCGGCGGAGGCGGCGGCGGCGGCAGUGUGGCCAGCGCGCCUGGCGACGCCGCGCCGCCGCCAGGAGUAGGUAUUCGAAUCCACCUGAAGAUCCCGCUCGCCUUCCCCAGACAACAGCAUGAACAGCAUGGCGGUGGGAGCGAGGUGGAAGGAGAGAGUUGCAGAGCUGAUGAGGUCCCUGGAGGCGGCUCAGGUGUCGAGUGGCGGCCAGUGACGGAGCGCAGCUCCCGGACGGUGACAUUUCCAGCCCACGCACAUGCGCAGGUGGACGCCAUAUCAAAUAUACUCGUGCCCGCACCGCAGCCCGGCCAGCUACGCACACGAAGACGGAACGGCCGCCAGGGCUCAUUUCCGCGCAGCGCUCCAGCCAGCAUACGUCGCCGCUCCGUCGCCGCCGCCGCCGCCGCCACCGCCGCCCCCGCCGCCGGACGCCUCGCCGUCGGGAGCGGCCGACACUCCUUUAUUAAAUCGCUGUCGCCAUCUCUCAGCGCGGUCCCUAAUAACGCGGACGUUAGCAGCAGCUUCGGCCACGCCCCCCGCGUCGCCAGAAUUGCGUUUUUAUUAGAUUUGCCUGUGAAAGAGAACCUCGCACAUAUAAAAAAAAAUUGUGAAGGCUCUGUAGGCAGCUGGAAGAUUCUGGAUGAAAACACGGCGCCGCCACCAAAGGAGCGUUCCGAAAGGGGGAAAUCUGCCGGCGCGGCGCCGAUGGAAGAAGUACAGCGUAAGAGGCAUUUAUGCAAAGAAUAUAAAACCGUCGGCUGCGCGCCUCUCUUUCAGAGGAAUUUCGCGGAGAGGGGGCGAGAUUCCGGGCCCAAAGGAGCAGAGGGCGGCAACCCCUCAGCCCCCACCCCCACCCCCGGCGCCGCCCCCAGCAGAGCGCUGGCAAAGCCCCGCCAAAGUGGGCCGCCGGUUCUCACAACUGUGCCCUCGGCUCGGCGCCCGCUGCAGACGCGCCGUCCCGCGCCCCGGGAAUUACAAUGA